AUGUCCAACUCAACCACAGCGGCCGCGCCGCCGCCGCCACCCUUCAAGGUCUACCUGCCGGGAGAGCGGGCGGACGAGUCGAGGGGCGGCGAGAUCAUCGGGUCGACCAUCGCCGUCACGGUGAUGGCGCUCAUCGUCGUGGCCCUCCGCGUCUACGUCAAGUUCAAUCACAGCGACGGCCUCGCCAUCGAGGACUACCUAAUGGUUCUCGCAGUGAUUGUCCUCGCCAGUGAAAUCGGCCUCGUCAUCCCCCAGGUGUUCGCGGGAGCCGGGCGCCACAUCGAGUACAUCGCCCCCGACAAUUUCGUCCGCGCCAUGUUCUACAACUUCGCCACGCAGCCCAUCUCUAGGCUGGUCAAGUGGGCCAUCCACAUCGCGGCUGUCAUCACCGCGCUCCUCACCGUCGUCGGCAUCGCGCAAGCAUUAACGCAGUGCACGCCCAUGGCCUUCACGUGGGACAAGUCCAUCGUCGGAGGUCAGUGUGUGUCCCAGACAUACCUGGUCAUCUCCUCCUACGUCUCGUCUUCCCUUUCGUGCACCAUAGACUUUGCCCUGGCGGCGCUGCCGAUCCCCAUGCUGUGGAACGUGCAGCUUCCGCGGAGGGUAAAGUUUGCCGUCAUCGGUAUCCUCUCGCUCGGGUUCUUCACCGUGGCGGCCGCCAUCACCAAGACGUUCACGGCCGAGAUCGCCGUGGCCAUCAUCGCGGGCUCGAUCCCGUGCCUCAAGUCACUCUUCAAGCGCAUCCUGGCCUCGACGCGGCGGUACGGCAGCGGGAGCAAGCCGCCGUCCAACUACGUCUGUAGCUGCGGCAAGCCCUACAUGCAGAGCGCCGACGCCAGCCGCAGCGGCAGCGGUGUCAGCAAGAACGCCAGCAGCCACCACGCCAGCGCGAGCCGGGACCGCCGCAGCAACGGCGCCGCCCUGCGGUCCAAGGGCUUCGGGACCGACGGCAGCAGCAGCGCGCGGCGCAAGGCCGCGGACCCGUACAGCAUCACGGGCAUCGACGGCGGGUCGGGCGAGGACUUUGAGAUGUACUCGCCCACCAGCAGCGGGCGCAAGGUGCCGUGGUCGGUCGUGGACCCGUCCCUGAUGAUGCCGGGCGUGAUGGCUGUCAGCAGAUCGCACGAGAGGCGGACCUCGGACGAGGAGGUCAUCAUCAUCCAGCAGCCACACUCGGGCGGCGGUCGAUGCCGCCGUCGCCGAGGGGCAUCACGGCGACGACGCACAUCACCGUCUCUGUCGAGGACGCCGACAGGGAAAAGAGCAUCAGGAAUAUGAUUUAGGAAAAGUACCGACGUGGGCGAACAGCAGCUGGUCUCUUUUAUCAUAGUUAAUUAAUAUGCCAUGUUCCAUACUAUACACA